CAUUCUUUUCUUUUCUCAUAUGGCAUGAUACAGGCAACCCAGUGAACGCCUGUAGGGCGUCUUGUCUGACUGGAUGAAAGCCAUGUAUAUAUUUGUAUAUAUAAUAUUAUAAACAGCUGAUUGCAAUCCUAGGGAGAGGCUGGAUUCUACCUGGACCUGGCCUGAUUCACAGCUCCUAUCCAUUUAAUUAUUUGGGUUGGUUGUAUCACAAGUUUAAAUCCUCUGGUUUAAAGCAUUUCUGACUCGUUAACAUAUCUUCAUUAUGUCUAAAAGAAGGGUUGUACUUGCAAUUGACAACAGUUCCUGCAGCAAGGAAGCAUUUGAUUUCUACUGCAAUAAUUUACAUCGGCCAGAUGACAUUCUUCUUAUCAUUCAUUCUUUUGAAUUGCCGUCCAUGCCAGCUGUACCUUAUCCUUAUGGGUAUUCCUACUAUGAAGAUUGGCGCAGUAUUGUCCAACAAGCUGAUGAAGAAGCAGUAGCUUCGUUAGAAAACUAUGGAAGAAAAUGCCAGCAUAAGAAGAUUGAGUUCAAGCUCUUUAAAGAGGGUGGAAAGGCUGGAGAGGUCAUCUGCAAAUUUGCCAAAGAUGAAAAAGCCAACAUGAUUGUCAUGGGUUCACGUGGUCUGGGUACCAUUCGCCGUACAUUCCUGGGCAGUGUGAGUGACUACUGUCUCCAUCAUUCCGCAAUACCAGUGGUAGUGGUACCUCCACAUGAAGAACAUGCCAAGGCACAAGGAAAAAAAGAAUAAUUAAUCUUCUCAUAAAUUAUAAUUAUUGCCUCAAACACAAUUCAUGCCAAUCAUUUAUGUAUAUUUAUUAUAUCCUCUCGGCUGGUAGGGUAAACCUUGGGAGGGGUGCCGAGGCGAGAAAGCUUUUUCCCAUAUAAAGUGAGUUCAUAUUCAUAAAGUGCAACAGGAUCAAAGAAGAUAAUAUAUCAAAACUAUUGAUAUUUUUGUUGUAUGUGGUAGGCUGGUAAAAUAUUAUCUGUACUCUGUAAUAUGAUAGAAAAUUAAAAGAAAUUUCUUAUUCUA